ACAGGGGUGUUACAGGAGAUGACAAAGCACGAGUGUCACUUCAUCAAUGGCACCGAGCGGGUGAGUUACGUGCACAGGCAAAUCUACAACCGGGAGCAGCUCCUGCACUUCGACAGCGAUGUGGGGGUCUUUGUGGGAGACAUCCCAUUUGGGGAGAUCCAGGCCAGGAUCUGGAACAGCAAACAGGACUUUCUGGAAAUCUGUCGGGCAGCAGUGGACACGGUCUGCUGGCCCAGCUACGAGAGGUCCACCCAGUUCCUGGAGAACCGCAGAGGUGAGCGUGGGGCAGAGCGGGUCCCCUCGGACCCUGCCCCGGGAAUGACCCUGGAGCCCCUCAAACCCUCCCUGGGAAUCACCCCAGACCCCUCAGCCCUCCCUGUGCCUGUCCCGUGGUCUUUUGUCCUCUCCCAGUUCUUCCCAGUCCAUCGCAGUCUCUCCCAGUGCCCCCUUGCACCCCCCCGGCUCCCCCCAGAGAUGCCACCGGACACCGUCCGCAGCAAGAUCCUGGUGGGGGUCGGGGGCUUCGUCUUGGGCUUGGUCUUCCUGGCGCUGGGGCUCGGCUUCUACCUGCGGGAGAAGAGCUUCUGA